AUGGCGGAAAUCCCGCAAGAUGAGCGCACGGGAGACGAUGGAGAGGGGGAGGCGGAGGGUACAGCUGUGGUAGUGCGCAUGCGUUCUUCUAAAGUGGGACGCGAUAUAAGGCUGGACGGCACUGCGCAGACAGUGUUCGCCAUGCAGUGCCACAGGUGCUUAUGCCCCGUUACCGAGCCCAUCUAUAGCGAGUUCAGCCUGCUACUCUCCGCCUCACCCCUCCACGAGCCCACCAAGCGCAGCCUAGGGGUCAUCCUAGACGCCCCCUCCUCCAGCUUUAACUCUCUCCCUGCCGACUAUGACGAUGGCGACGAGGGCGACAUGCUGGACCUAGACUUAGACGAUAAGCUCUACUUCCCCCCGGACCAGCGGAUUAUAGACGUCUCUAAGUACGUGCGCGACACGGUGCACCUGGAGAUCCCUCUCAAGGUCCGGUGCAGCCCCGGGUGCCGAGGCAUGUGCCUCGGGUGCGGGGCGAACCUCAACGUGAAGGCGUGUUCCUGUGGCGAGGAGGAGGGGAUUGGGGGCAGCGGCAGCAAGGGGCAAGCGGUGAUGGGCGGGCAAGGGCAAGGGUUGGGUGAGUUCGGAUUGGGGAGAGGGAAGGGGAAGGGGAAGGGCAAGGGGUCGCUGAAGGAGCAGCUGGAGCAGCUGUACCGGCGCGAGGACGAUGGGGGUGCUGGUGCUGGUGGUGAUGAUAGGCAGCAGGGGCAUUGA